GACUGCACAAAACCAAGGCUGUCAUUUUCUUCUCCCAUUUUCUUUCAUUCAGGUUACAGUCACCCAGACGGAAAACUCUCUGCCUGCGGCAAUCGAGUAACUGUUAGGGUUUUGGGUUUCUCCAGAGGAUUGCUCUCAAUUGCUCAGUUAUGGUGAGAAAACAUGGAUGGCAACUACCCGCUCACACCUUUCAGGUUGUUGCAAUCACAGUGUUCUGCCUUUUAGUUGUUGCCUUUUAUGCUUUCUUUGCUCCUUUUCUUGGAGGCCAUGUCUUGGAGUAUUCCUCAAGUGCAACUUACUCAGUGGUGGCGCUCCUAGUUUUCAUUCUUUAUGUUCGAUGUACUGCAAUCAACCCUGCAGAUCCUGGCAUAAUGUCUAGAUUCAAUGGGGGAACAAAUGAACUUGAUGCUGAACACAUGCUAUCAGCAAAGGAUCUACCCAGAAAAUAUGAUGAAAUUGGAAGUGGGAUGCAUUCUUCCCCUUCUACAGUUUCUAGAAGUUCAAUAGCUGCACCAAACUCAAGUAAGAAAGGUUCAAUGGGAGAUGCUGGAGGAGUAGAUGCUACAGCACAACCUGCAAUCAAGAAAUCUCCUUGUAGCUUUGGUGGAAUCUUCUGUGCAGUAUUUGUUCACGAAGAUUGCUGCAAACAGGAAACAACAGCUGAUCAGGGUUCUGGUGACGAUGCUUUGUUCUGCACGUUGUGUAAUUCUGAGGUGCGCAAGUUUAGCAAACAUUGCAGAAGUUGUGAUAAAUGUGUAGAUGCUUUCGAUCAUCACUGCCGGUGGCUAAACAAUUGUGUGGGACGCAAAAAUUAUGUAACUUUUAUCUCACUUAUGGCAAUCAGUCUUGUUUGGCUUGUUAUGGAAGCUGCUGUGGGUAUUGCUGUUCUGGUGCGUUGCUUUGUCAACAAGAAGACCAUGGAAACUGAGAUUAUUGACAGACUUGGAAAUGGAUUUUCUCGUGCCCCAUUUGCAACAGUUGUGGCUGUAUGUACUGCAGUUUCUAUGCUGGCUUGUGUACCCCUGGGUGAACUGUUCUUCUUUCACAUGAUACUAAUCAGAAAGGGUAUUACAACCUAUGAGUAUGUUGUGGCAAUGAGAGCAAUGAGUGAGGCACCUGCUGGUGCAUCCAUGGAUGAGGAGCUACCAAACGUGCUGUACUCUCCUAGUGGAUCUGCGACAACUGGUAUGAGUGGUGGAAGUUCUCUGGGUCUGCAGUACAGAGGAGCAUGGUGUACCCCUCCUAGAGUUUUUGUUGAUUAUCAGGAUGAAGUGGUGCCUCACUUGGAACCUGGAAUGGUCCCAUCAACUAUUGAUCCAGAUGCUGCUGGAGUUGCAGAAAGAGGGAACAAGGGACUGAAAAAACCUGUUAAGCUUAGUGCUUGGAAGCUUGCAAAAUUAGAUUCCAAUGAGGCGAUGAGGGCAGCAGCCAAAGCAAGAGCUUCUUCUUCAGUACUGCGUCCUCUUGAUAACCAUCGUUUAGCUGAUCCUGAAUUUAGUUCCAGUGGCAAUGUUAGUGUUAGAAGUAGUGUGAGCACAGAUACAGGGGCAAAUAAAGAGAUCAAGAAUGACUUGAGAUUAUCACCAUUGAAGAACUCUUUCGCUCCUAGUCAAGGUAGCCGAGAUGAGUAUGAAACUGGGACUCAGAGCGUUAGUAGCCUCAGCAGUUCAAGCCACAUUCAUGAAUCAGUCACGCUUAGCCCUUUACCACAAGCUCAUGCUUUGGCUCGUUACAAUGCAGCAACAUCACUUUCUGGCAUUCCUGGCCAUACAUCAACUUCCAAGCCAGGUCUUAACAGUAUCAACCACCCAAUAACUCAUGCUUCAUCAGGAUUUGAUGAAAAAAUAAUGCAAAGGGGUAGUAUUGCUGAUCCACUAUUGCUGUCAGCUCCUGCUGCUUCUCUUCUUAGAGAUGUCAAAAGGACAUCUGUUGUAUGGGACCAAGAAGCUGGGAGGUUUGUAUCAGUUACUUUGUCAACCACAGAAGUGCGGAAUAGAUCAUCUAUGCAUGUUGGUCUGUCAAGUUCUAGUGCAGAAAUUAGCACUCAGAGCAGAAGGGCAUUUGUCCCGCAGCAAGAAUCUUCUUCAUCAACAACAAAGUCUCCAGGGCAGCAGGCAGAGAAGCUGAUGUACACAGGAGACUCCAUUUUCUUUGGGGGUCCACUUUUGAGUGUUCCAAUUAGAGAUGGUCUAAGAAAUGAAAAGGGUCUGGGAUCAAGGGAAGGUCAAGAGAGAUUAGCUCUGAAUUUUCCCCGGGAGUCUAGAUUCAAGAGGGACUCAGUCUCAAACCAGCUUCCAGUGUUUGUCCCUGGGGGUUUUGAGCACAACACUUCUGGUUCUGGUUUAAAGUAGACACAAGUAGAUUCCUCUAACAAAGUUGCUGUACAAUUUUUUUCAUAAAUCUUCGGGAUGGUUAGGGGUAAUGAAAGAGUAAGAAACCUCUAAAGGGAGCUGCUGAGCCCUGGAACCCUGCAAUUUUGAACCAUGUGCAGACAAGAUAUUCUUGCAAGGUUCAAGUGGUUUCUUUCUUCCCAGGAAUCAUUUAAUUAACACGUUGGUUUAAUCUGAAAUUUGUAAAUGAGGUGAGGUGAAGAGAUGAGACUCCUAUUCUCUCUUAAAUUCUCCGGUACAAUGGUCAUUUAAGAUUAAUGUACUUGUCUUUCACGGCCAAGCUUAAUUGAUGUGUUCUGCGUAUAUACUUCACUUCAAAUACUUUAUUUACACAUUAUUUCCUCAGGUUGAAUGCGGUGUUUGUUAGUUUGUGAAUUGUGCAUUAGUUUCUGGAUGUUAGUGUAUAAUAAUGAGAUUUGGUUCCC